AUGUCGUUACAUUAUCCAACUAGAUCAAUUCAGACUCCUAGCCUCAUCUCUGCUGCAUUGGACAACUCACAACACGAUCCUAAGAUCAGCGGAACCUCUAUCGUCUGCACUCCUAUGUGCGGUGCAGCUUCUUCACCUGAGGGAGUACCGCCAGCGUCUCGCUCGGGCCACGGCUGCCGCCGCACACACGGGGGAGCGGCCGCUUCGCCAGGCCAACCCGAUGGCCCAAAGUUCACGUACAGCCGAUCCGUGAAGCACAACUUAGCGGGCGGAGGGGAGGAGGCGGCCACCUGCUCCGUCUGCCUCGGGGAGUUCCAGCUCGGGGAAACGGUGCGGCUGCUGCCGGUUUGCCUGCACCUCUACCACGCCGAAUGCAUCGACCCGUGGCUGCACGCGCACUCGAUGUGCCCGCUCUGCCGCUCCGACAUUGAUCCGACGACCGGCAUCGGCCGGCUACCUCAUGUUUAA